AUGCUUAAGGUGGCCAUAGCUGGUGACUCCACCCUAUGUUGGCAACCAGUGCCCGAUCAAUUCAAGUUUAAUAUUUCUAUACCUUUAGACAGGAUGAACCUUACAAAGAGAAAGUUGCUCUCUGAACUAAAUAAGGUGUUUGAUCCUCUAGGUUUUUUGGGUCCUGUGUUGAUCAAAGGUAAGAUUUUUCUUCAACAUCUUUGGCAGCAAAAAAUUAAUUGGGAUGCACCAUUACAAGUAGAUAUCCAAGAAAAAUGGAAGAAAUACUACUCUGGACUAGAAUCUCUCAAAGAGCUUUCCAUUGAUCGUAAGUGCAAAGUACAAUCUGGUGAAUUAUUUGAAAUUCAUGGAUUCUGUGAUGCAUCUAUGGAAGCUUACGGAGCAUGUCUAUAUAUACGUAGUUCAGAUCAGCAAGGGAUAUGGCACUCACGGUUACUCUGUUCAAAAACUAGAGUAGCACCAUUAAAAGUUGCAACUAUUCCUCGGCUAGAACUAAGUGGGGCACUUCUCUUGGCUCAGUUGGCAGCUAAGGUAGCUGACUCUUGGAAUAUUAACUGUGAAACUAUCCAUUUGUGGACUGAUUCAAUGAUAGUUUUAGGGUGGCUAAAUAGUCAUUCAUCACGAUUAAAAACAUUCGUAGCUAAUCGUGUCAGCCAAAUUCUAGAAAUUACAAAGGCACCGCAAUGGCAUCACGUAGCAACAAAUGAAAAUCCAGCCGACAUACUUUCUAGAGGCAUUACAACGCAAGAAUUACAAGAUGCUACGACUUGGUGGUUUGGUCCACAAUGGUUAUCGAGCGAUACAAUUUCUUGGAAGAGUCAGUCCAUGCUUGCAUUAAUGCCGGAAGAAACACUACCGGAACUUAGGCCUGUUCAGUUGAGUUUAACUAUAGUAAAGUUUAAAAAUGGUUUGCUAGAUAGGUAUUCUAAGUGGGAAAGGCUAGUUCGGGCAACUGCUUGGAUUUUGAAAUUUAUUCAGUUUUUAAGAUUAAAAAGAUGCAAACAAGGCUUUGUUAAAUAUCUCACGGUAUCAGAUUUUAGCAAUGCAGAAUCUUGGCUAAUAAGAUGCGCACAAAAAGAUGAGUUUGCAAUUGAAAAUAAGGCAUUAACUGAAGGUAAAAACGUGCCAAGAAAUAGUAAGUUAAAAGGACUAUCUCCAUUUAUCAGUACAGAUAACCUAAUUGUAGUUGGAGGAAGAUUGCAUAAUUCAACCCUAUCAAAUGAACAAAAACACCCCAUAAUUUUACCAUUUGGUCAUAAGGUAACAAGAUUAAUUUUUAUAUAUUAUCAUGAAAUUUUAUUACACGGAGGACCACAGUUGUUACUAGCAGAAAUAAGACUUCGAUUUUGGCCUAUAAAAGGUAGGAUAGCAGCUCGUUCCACUGCAUUGCGUUGUGUAACAUGUGUUCGUUCUAAACCUAAAUUUUUGAAUCCAAUCAUGGAAUUCUGCCAAGUCCAAGAGUACGCCCUUCUAGACCAUUUUCGACAACAGGUGUUGAUUUUGCAGGCCCUUUGA